AUGGACGCUGCUCGGGACGUCAACCCGGAGCUCGACUCAUUUCGUGAGCAAUGGCGCGCUGAAGUGCGAGCAAGAAACACGGCGGUGUCUACUUCUCAAGAGCAACAGCAGCAGCAGGAAGGCGAGACCACUGUACCCAUACUCUCCGACAGCUCCAAGGACACUGUUCCGCGACCGUCCCGUGCAACCCACCCGAGCUCCGGGAAGCCGAAGGUCUUCGACACAGAUGAGGACUAUGUACAGGCCAGAGCAUUCGAUGAACCCGAACCUCCUAUACAGGCAAAGAAGCAAGAUGACAAGGGGAAAGGAGAGCUGGUCACGGCACUGGAUCAUUAUGAACGCGCGGUUGAGAAGGAAACCCAAGGCUCUUUGGGAGACAGUCUGACGUUGUACCGGAAGGCCUUUAGGAUGGAUCACAAAGUUGACCAGAAAUACAAGAACAAGCACUUUGCAUCAGCAUGGGCCAAGCCAGCACAGCCGGUCAAGCCAACGACCACUGUGCACGAGCCGUCGACCACAGGGUCGUCAGAGAAUAAGGCGUUGACGACCGAAGACCUGGUCAUCAGCUUCUCGGAACUCAAGAUCGAGCCCGCGGCGCCCCCAAUAAAAGGCAUGCCCCAACCUCCAUGCCCCAUCGCCUCGCUGCCCGAAGAGAUCCUCGUCCACAUCCUGCGAGACGUGGCUGUAGCCGACGUAGGUGAUUACGUCCGGCUGUCUCGCGUGUGCAAGCGCUUUGCCUGGCUCGUCGGCACAGAAGACAGCGUCUGGCGGCACAUCUGCCUCGAUUCCAAAUUCGGCUUCACAUGUAUGCACUACGAUUUCCAGGUGCACCCCAACUGGCGGCCCCUCCUAGAAUCCACCCGGCGAGAACGCGCCAUCCUCAGCGGUCUCUCUGACGCCGACUUCGACCCUAACGAACUCGCUCAGAGGCAAGAGGAAGAGGCAUACGCCACAACAAUUGCCCUUUUCAACACAACGUACCAGUCGUCUUGGCAAAAAAUGUUCCGGCGCAGGCCGCGCAUAAGGUUCAACGGAUGUUACAUAAGCACCGUGAACUACAUCCGGCCCGGCCAACAAGUCAACUCGAUUACCUGGAACAGCCCUGUGCAUAUAGUGACCUACUAUCGCUACCUGCGCCUGUUCCGAGACGGGACGGCCAUCUCACUUUGCACGGUCGACGAACCCUCGGCGGUGGUACACCACAUGACAAAGGAAAACAUGGCCGUCCAUAAGGGCGGCGCGAUGGGGCAUCUCCCGUCCAGCGUAAUGCACCUUGCACUGCCUGCGAGGUGGAAGCUGAGCUCCGCUGCCGACUACGAGGGGAAGGCGGGUGACGGGGAGAAAGAGGUCAGCCUCGCGGAUUCCGAGGGUGACUUGUUCGUGGAGUCUGACGGCGGCGGGAACUACCUGUAUCGCAUGGAGCUGAGCCUGCGGUCGGCGGGCAAGGGGGCUCGGAACAACAAGCUCCAGUGGAGGGGCUUCUACAGCUUCAAUAAGACCAGCGACGUAUGGGAUGAGUUCACUCUUCGAAAUGAUAAUAACAAGCCGUGGUUCUUCAGUCGGGUCAGGACAUACGGAUUUGGAGAGAGUUGA